GGUGUCUUCUGAAUGAUCGGAAGCGUUGUGUGCUUCUUCGCUCCCUUCAAACAAAACUAGCAGUAUCGUACUGCGGACUUCUUCCCUUUUUUUUUGGGAGCAAGACGCUGUAUUUCCUAAAUACGCUCAUCGUCAGCAACGGACACCAGCUGCGGUGACACAUCCACGUAUUAAUACCGCUCUUCUCUUUCUAUCCCUUCGAUGUCGCUGGAAGCCCUCAUCGAGGCGAUUCACGCCUCUCCGGUGCGCCUUUCGUUGUGCAUCUGCGGAGCCGGUGCCGGCGCUGUCGCACGCCUCACGCAGGUGGCGGAGUGCAGCCGCACCCUUCUCGAGGCAGACGUGCUGUACCACCGUGCCUCUACCCGAAUCGCGCUGGACGGGCUGCCGAAGCACCUCGUCAGCAUCGAAGCCGCUCGCCGCCUCGCGCAGCACGCCUUCAACGUCAGUCGCACCGUGGCCACGGCGGAGGCCCGAGUGAAGACACCAUCGAAAGAAAAAGCUCAUCAAAGGGGAAGUUAUCUGUUUGGCAUCGGUGCCACCUCCGCCGUGAAGACGAGUCGGGCACGUCGCAGCGGGGAUCAGGUAUUUGUGUCGGUAUGGGGCGGUGCGGUGCUCCCCCACACGUUUGAUGCGCACGCUCUCGAGCAGGACACGAUGGAGGAGGCGGUGGGAGGCGUCUUUGACUACCACAUGCACAUGCCCGACAGUCUGGACCGUGCGGGACAGGACAAACAGGUGGAGUUGAUGGUGCUGCACGCGAUUGCCGACACUGUCGCGCGCACCAGCCGCGCAGGUCCGACGUCUCUCCUUCACUCGCUGUUGCCUGUAUCCUCCAAGGGAUCUACCUCGACCUCGAUGGAUGGAGCAGCAGCAGAGAAGCCGACGCGGCUGUGCGCCGUUCCUGCACUCAGUGGCCCGCAUCGAAUAUCGCUCGACACGGCGCAUGAGAUGGCAGAGGCGAUUCAGGCCGUGCUGUCCUACCACCCUGCGCCUGGAAAGCCGGAGGACGUGUGCGUGCUGUGGAACCGGUAUGGGGAGCUGCGGUGGGCGGAGCACCUGCCGUACGAUGGGGAGUGGAACGAGCUGGAAGUCAGCACACCAACCGAAGCCCACUCCUCUGCUCCCGCAACCGUCGAAGCGAUGCGGCCACUGCGCCUGCUCUACCCCGGCUCCUUCAACCCCCUGCACUACGGUCACACCGAGCUCGUCCAGGCCGCCAUACGCGUGCUUCGUCAGCAGCCGUCGUACCAGCACGACCCGUACGUCCCCGUCCAGGUCACCUACGAGAUUGCUGUGAAGGUGGUGGACAAGGGCGCGAUCGCCUGCAGGGACCUGCAACGGCGUGUCGCGCAGUUCCUCGAACGCGGCGAGCGCGUCGCCGUGACAAACGCUACCCUUUUCAUCAGCAAAGCCAGCCUUUUCCCCGGGCACGGUUUUCUGAUCGGCAUCGACACAGCGGUGCGGGUGGUGGACCCGCAGUACUACAGCACGAGCACCGACCCCCACGAGGCGGAGGCGGCGAUGGUUGCCGCCCUCCAACGCGACAUUGGCGAUCGUGGGUGCUACUUCGUGGUGGGCGGCCGCCAGAUGAGCGACACGACAGGCUGGCAGGACCUGACGACGCUGUCGAUUCCCGCCGCGAUUCGUCACCUGUUCGUGGGCAUCUCCGACGAGGAGUUUCGCGUGGACAUCAGCUCGACGGAGCUGCGGGCGAAGAAGCGGGCUCGUCUUCACCCACACCCGGAGGCGCACUCAAACAUGUAG